GAAGUUUGAAAGAUUAGCCUAAACCCACUUCAUCCAAUUUUGUUUAAUGAAUCCAUUGAUUAAAAGGUCACACAUAAGAGAAAAUGUAAGGUCUAUAAUGAUUGAUUUUCGUACGUAUGCUUACUUUUGUUUGAUGUUCUCGUGUGCUUUGAAAUCCCUUUAAGGUGACGUUUUUUCUAAAUAUUACGGUAAAAAUGUAGUAGGCCCUCCUCCACUGGAGUAAUUUUAUGUGGAUGUGCUCGGUGGCGCUGCGCUCUGUAUCAUCUUUUGCACAAUGCAACUAGGGAGAACAAAUCAUAAAACGUCAAGUCUGGUUUUAAUUUCCCAUCCUCAGCCAUGAAGGAAGAAUCUGACGUCUUUUCACCGAACCAGGACACUUUUUCACGAUGAAAAUUCAUUGCAAGAUUGUGGUGAUCGUUGUAUGUUUCGGAGUUUUGCUACUUUUGUACUUCUUAGUGGGAAAUGCUGCGGACGAGCCGCCUUUGAAAGAAGUUGCGAAUGAUAACUCUUUUCCACCUUCAUCUGGACUGGGAAAAAUAGUUUCCGUGAAGUUGGGAAAAAAAUCUCGAGUAUAUCGCAUUUCACAAAAUCAGCCACGUCCGAACCGAAGGGAAGGCAAAGUAACACACAGAGGAGGCUUUGUAAAUGCGAAGCUUAGGCAGAGGAACGAGGCGGGGCGCCCAGUUUCCGGGGGAACCCUCUCAGAGGAGUGGAUGCACCUGGCUGUGGUGGCCUGUGGGAAUCGGCUGGACGAGACACUCAUCUUGAUCAAAUCCGCCCUCCUGUUCAGCGUGAAGAAGAUCAAAUUCCACAUUUUCACCGAGGAUGCCUUGGCCUCUCUUUUCCAGAAAGGGCUCAGCAAGUGGCCCCGCCAUGUCUCCUCGAGGUUUCAGUACAGUGUUUAUCCAAUCACCUUCUCAGUGGGGAACGCUGAGGAGUGGAAGAAGCUCUUCAAGCCCUGUGCAGCCCAGAGGCUCUUUCUCCCUGUGAUCCUGAGGGACGUGGACUCCCUCCUGUACGUGGACACGGACGUGCUCUUCCUCAGGCCCAUGGACGACAUCUGGAGCUUCCUGAAGGACUUCAACAGCACCCAGCUGGCUGCCAUGGCGCCCGAGCACGAGAUUCCCAAAAUAGGGUGGUACAGUCGCUUUGCGCGACACCCCUUCUACGGGGUGACGGGGGUCAAUUCGGGGGUGAUGCUGAUGAACCUCACACGGAUACGCAGCACUCUCUUCAAGAACAACAUGAUCUCUACUGGUCUGUCAUGGGAGGAUCUCCUUCACCCACUCUACCAGAAGUACAGAAACCACAUCACCUGGGGGGACCAGGACCUGCUCAACAUCAUCUUCCACUACAACCCUGAGUGCCUCUAUACCUUCCCGUGCCAGUGGAACUACAGGCCAGACCACUGCAUGUAUGGCAGCAACUGCAAGGGGGCGGAGGAAGAGGGCGUGGCUAUUCUUCAUGGCAACCGAGGGGCCUAUCAUGAUGACAAGCAGCCUGCCUUCAAAGUCGUGUACGAUGCCAUACGUGACUUUCCCUUCGAAGACAACAUCUACCAGUCGUUGUUCUAUCCACUCCAGACAAAGUUCCUGGACACGGUCAACACAUUGUGUGGCAGGAUACCCCAAGUGUUCCUAAAACAAGUGGAAAAGACUAUGAAGACGUUGUAUGAACAGAAAGUGAUCGUUCGUGUGAAACGGCCCCACAAAUAAUGUCUAUGAAUGGGGGGAGGGGAAAUGCAAACAAAUGGAAAGGAAUACGAAUUCUCAGUCUGUGACGGUACAGCUGAAUCUUUCCACGGCGGAUGUGCAAUGUAAAGAAGUAAUGCUCCUGAUGUGGACGGGCUGCAUUCUCGUAACGUGGCCUCUUGGCCAUGUUCGGAGGCUGGGGAGGGCUGGAACGGAUCUCCUUCCCUGGCCAUUGGAAAGGAUCUUCUGAGCGUAUGCUGAAGGAGGCCUGACUUCCAGAUUUUCGGUUCUCAGAAAAUAACACGCAACUCAGAAGCUGAGCAAUUUGGCUCAACAGUCCACCCCACAAGAAGGGAAAUGAACGGAAAGAACACGCAUACGCUUUUGGGAAUUGAUGACCAUUUCUAGAAACUGGCUGAAAACACAGCUUUUCGAAAACUUGGGCCAACGUGAUAUUGCGUCAAAGUAACAUUCCACAGUGCUGGUCAUCUCUGUUGUCCUAAACACGUCCAUUGCCAAACUCUCACCAGCCCGCUCAGUGGGAAUAAUGUGAAUGGAGGAUAUGAAACUUUAAAUUCAGAGCAGUUGCUUGUAUCUGUUUUUGAGUACGACGAAGAUAGCCAAAGAGGUAACGCUCCUGGUGGGUGAGGAAUUAUGUAUUCAUCAUAUGGGACAUUUCUCAAUACAAUGGAGCCAAUUUUUUUUUUUUUUUUUUUU